AUGCCAGUGGGGGUGCCUCUGCAGCCUCGCACUGAAGGCCAAAAUGCGACCACUGGGAAGCAGGCAGUGAACCUGCAGACGCCUUGUGAUGUACCACGAAACAGCAUCAAGCCUUGUAUCAAUCUUGAUGCCGACUCGGUGGAUAACACAGAAUCAGUCAGCAUGGCUGAAGCAGGUCCUUCGUCUGCAGUACCAGUGGCAGUGCAGAAGAAGCCUGUCCUCAAGUGCUCGUACCCUCCCAUGGGUGCUUGCACAAACAGCUUGCUGAUCUGCACCACAGACCUCCAACAUCUUGGAAAAGGCGAGCUCCUGAAUGACACAUGCAUCGACUUUGGCACGAGGUUAGAAUUUCAGGGGCAGGUGGCUGGCAAAUAG